UGCAUUGCCGCGCAUGCCCGGUAAACGCAGCGGCGCGCAGGUUGGGAUGCGCGCUUGAGCUGGAAAAAUACAUCAUCCACCCGAAUGAGCUCAUCGAUUAUAAUUUCAGACGAAACCUCGUUCAUUUAGGUUCUGAUAAAGAGCCAUAUACCCGAUUCUGAAAAUGCCGAGUAAUAAGGUUGAUAAACCAGAGAAGGUGGAGGUGAGUGAUAACGUGAAGGUGGUGGUGAGAUGUCGACCCCUCAACGAGAAGGAGAAGAUGAUGGGACACAAGCAGUCCGUCGCCGUGGAUGAGAUCCGGGGAACGAUUACUGUGAACAAACUUGAUAUGACCAGUGAUCCGCCAAAGACGUUCACCUUCGACACAGUGUUCGGUCCAGACAGUAAACAGCUGGAUGUGUAUAAUUUAACAGCUCGACCUAUUAUUGACUCAGUAUUAGAGGGUUAUAAUGGAACCAUAUUUGCAUAUGGCCAGACAGGCACAGGGAAGACGUUCACUAUGGAGGGCGUCAGAGCGGUGCCUGAACUCAGAGGAAUCAUCCCAAAUUCAUUCGCUCAUGUAUUUGGUCACAUUGCAAAAGCAGAAGGAGACACCAGGUUUCUGGUAAGAGUUUCAUAUUUGGAAAUAUACAAUGAGGAGGUGAGAGACCUGUUGGGAAAGGACCAGAUGCAGAGGCUGGAGGUCAAGGAGAGACCUGAUGUAGGAGUUUACAUCAAGGAUCUUUCUGGAUAUGUGGUGAACAAUGCUGACGAUAUGGACCGGAUUAUGACCCUCGGACACAAAAACCGUUCUGUGGGUGCGACUAAUAUGAACGAGCACAGCUCUCGUUCCCAUGCUAUCUUCACCAUAACUAUUGAGUGCAGUGAGAAAGGUGUGGAUGGAGAUCAACAUGUGCGCAUGGGAAAGCUACACUUGGUGGAUCUCGCGGGCUCUGAGAGACAAGGAAAAACGGGCGCCACUGGUCAACGUCUUAAAGAGGCCACAAAAAUCAACCUGUCCCUGUCCACGCUGGGAAAUGUCAUCUCUGCACUUGUGGACGGGAAGAGCACCCACGUGCCCUACAGGAACUCAAAACUCACCCGACUCUUGCAGGACUCUCUAGGAGGAAACUCCAAAACCAUGAUGUGUGCAAACAUCGGCCCCGCAGAUUACAAUUACGACGAAACUAUCAGUACGCUCCGUUACGCCAACCGUGCCAAAAACAUCAAGAAUAAGGCCAGGAUUAACGAGGACCCCAAGGAUGCACUGUUGCGCCAGUUUCAGAAGGAAAUCGAAGAUCUCAAGAGAAAACUGGAAGAAGGUGAGGAGAUCUCUGGCUCUGAUGGCAGUGGAUCAGAUGACAUGGAUGAAGGAGAACUUGAGGUCGGAGAUGGAGGCGAGAGACGCAAGAAACGAAGAGACAGUGGCAGCAGUAGUUCAGACUCUGCCUGUUAUUUAGCACAGCACUUUGAGGAGAGAUCCCAGACUAGUGAGAGGGGGAGGAAGAAGGUGUCUCCUGACAAGAUGGUGGAGAUGCAAGCUAAGAUCGAAGAGGAACGGAAAGCACUGGAGGCCAAACUGGACAUGGAGGAAGAAGAGAGGAACAAAGCACGUGCAGAGCUUGAGAAGAGAGAGAAGGACCUUCUCAAAGCCCAACAAGAGCAUCACUUAUUACUCGAGAAGCUGUCUGCUCUAGAGAAGAGGGUUAUUGUUGGUGGAGUUGAUUUACUGGCUAAAGCUGAGGAGCAGGAGAAGCUUCUGGAAGAAUCCAACAAUGAACUGGAGGAGAGGAGGAAGAGGGCCGAGCAGCUCCGGAGAGAACUGGAAGAAAAGGAGCAAGAGCGCUUGGACAUCGAGGAGAAAUACACCAGUUUACAGGAAGAAGCUCAAGGGAAGACCAAGAAACUGAAGAAAGUCUGGACCAUGUUGAUGGCAGCAAAAUCUGAGAUGGCUGAUCUGCAGCAAGAGCAUCACCGAGAGAUCGAAGGUCUGCUGGAAAACAUCCGGCAGCUGAGCAGAGAGCUGCGGCUACAGAUGCUCAUCAUUGAUAACUUUAUUCCUCAGGAAUAUCAGGAGAUGAUUGAGAACUAUGUGCACUGGAAUGAGGACAUUGGAGAAUGGCAGCUGAAAUGUGUGGCCUACACAGGCAACAACAUGAGAAAACAAACACCUGUGCCGGACAAGAAAGAAAAAGAUCCAUUUGAAGUGGACCUGUCCCAUGUUUAUCUGGCCUACACUGAGGAGAGCAUGAGACAGUCCCUAAUGAAACUAGAAAGGCCUCGGACAUCAAAGAGUGCAAAGUCCAGGCCUAAAACUGCUCGUAGGAAACGUUCCUCCAAACCAGAGGCUGCGAUUGAAUCCUUGCUGCAGUGAGCCUUUUGUGAAAUGAAGACCACCAUAUUUUUUGUGCAUUUUCAAGGCCAGUCCAGUAUAUGUCUUAGGAAGUACUGAUACUUGUGAUGUUAAGGCACUUUGACAUAAGUGUCGAUGAAAGUAAAUCAUGUGUUAAUAUGCAGGAACUCCAGAGCUGCUCCAACGCUGGCUUUAGGUGAGGAUAGUUUGCUGUAAAAUGUCUGUUAAUGAGAGCACUCCAAAAGGCACAUUUCACCUUUAACACAAACACUGUUACUGUAUAUUCUGCUUUACACUGAUGGCUUUGCUGGCUGGAACGAGCAGGUUAUUGAUGCGAAACAUGAGAUGAGCUUGCCGUCAGGGAAUAUGCUACUGAGAAACCAAUCUAAUCUUAAUGUUUUAUACAUUUGGCAGCGUGCAAUUGCUUUAGCUCAAUGUACACAAGCUAUGCUACUUAAUUUUUUUUUAUAUGUAGUGUGAAUGUGCAUGCCAUGUUUCCCUGGCUGUGGUGCCAUUAGCACAGUUUACUCUAAUUGUAAUGUAUCUCCAUUGUGCACUGUAGUAAAACCAUUAGUCUUAUGUAAAACUGUUUACAUUUUACUGUUUUUUGUUUUUUCCCCUGUACUCCUCUUUAAAUUAUUAAAUUAUUUUACAAGGUAAAA